AUGUCUAUUGAACAGAAUCUUCUUAUUAAUAUAGUUGAUCAAAUAGUAUUACUUGAUGAAAAUUUUUCAUCGAAUGAUUUAAAUGCUAUACGAACAUUUAAAUCAACAGCAUCAUCAUCUAAUUCAUCAAUUAAUAGUUUAGUACAAAUUUUACCUGUUUCAAUACAAUGCCAAGUAAAUGAAUAUUUAAAUGAAAUAAUUGGACAACUUGUCCUUUGUACAGGUGUUAAUGCAAAAUCUCAAUUACCAAAUACAAUAUCUCAUAUAAUCAAACGAACAUUAUCUAAUCGAAAAGAAAUAACGAUAAAAAAUGGUCAUUUUAAAAAACAAAUUCAUUCACUUACUGAACUUUAUUCAAAAUUAAAUACACAAAUUCAAAAUGUUUGUAUUGAACAAUUAAAAAUGAUUAAAGCUAAUGAUAUAAAUACAAGUCAAAUUGAUACACUUCGUGAACAAUAUCAAUUAUUACUUAAACAAAUACAAUUACGUCGAUGUGAAUUCAUUCGUGAUAUAUAUACAAUGGAAAAUAUUGAAAUAUUACAAAAUAUGAAAUUAGAUUGUGAAGAAAAACAACAUCAAUAUGAUGAACAAAUAAAUCAUUUUAAAAAACUUGAAAUGGCUAUUACUAAUGAAGGUGUUCAUUAUCAACAUUUAAUAAAACGUUAUUAUGAAUUAUGUGAUGAAUUAAUCAAUGCUCAAAAUGCACUUAAACGACUUAAACAACAAAAAGAAAAUAGUUCAAUUUAA